AUGAGCGAAAAUCGUCUACACAUAGACCCCUCACAUACACAGAAGCUCACUUCCGCCGUCCUCUCCUUUCAUGGGGCCACUGCCGUCAUCUCAGGUCCUAUUAUCGGACAUUUUGCAGAUAAAUUUGGAGGCCGCAAGAUACAGCUUCUUAUAUCUAUAAUUAUGUGUAUCAUUGGUACUCUAAUUGUCGCAAGUGCUCACUCAGUUACUUUACUCUUCAUUGGCCGGGCACUGCAAGGUGUAGCGGAAUCCAUAGUGUGGAUUGUCGGUCUAACAGCGGUGACCGAAAUUGUUGACGCAGAUCAGCUCGGUACAGUGAUUGGUUUUCUUUCCUCGUUUGUCAAUUUAGGAAUGCUCACAGGGCCCUUGGCUUCCGGAUUUUUAAUAGAGAGCACAACAUGGUGGACCAUGUGGUCCAUACCGCUCGUCGUUUUGGCAUUGGAUCUCCUUGCGCGCAUAAUGAUGAGUGAUAUUCCGCCGAAGGACCACCGCAAGCCCCAAAAUGCAGCAGAGACAACAAGUCUGUUUUCUAAGCUAGAUAUUGCACAAAAUACGUCAACUUCCUCAAACUUUUGGAAGGUGAUGCUAUGCGACAGGCGCGUACUUACAAUCUUGCUAGUUGGAACCACCACCAUGGCUAUCAGCACAAGUUUCCAUGCGACACUUCCCCUCCAUGUAAAGGAGACUUUUGGAUGGGGUCCCAGUAAGACUGGACUCCUGUUUGGAUGUCUCAUCUUGCCAAUCCUUUUCGUAAGUCCUAUUGCGGGAUGGACUCACGACAGAGUCGGUGUACGACUCCCUGCUACAGGCGCUUUGGUUAUACAGGCAGGAGUGCUUGCCCUAGCUGGAGUUGCUGGGAAUGCUAGUUUCCCUUGGGCUACUCUUAACCAAGCUGGACCAGUGCUUUACAUUAUCUCACUCCUUGCUAUUGGUACAUUAAGACCCUUCACAUCGACCAUCGGACCGGCCGAAUUGUCUUGUGAGUCUCUAUAUCCUAUUUUUUACAUCAACGCGCUCACUUUAAAUCGUAGUUAUUGUGAGAGAGUACGAAUUUAG